GUCUGCCCUCGGAAUGGCCUGUGGGAUUAGUAUUACAUGGUGUGCGUGUGCUUUGAGUGAAUGGUCAUACAAAGAGAUAAUAUUCGGACAUAUCCUUGAGGGAAAUUCCCUGACACGGUAUCUCCUCUCUGCAGCGAAAUUUGUACGAUUCGUUAUUCGCUUCACACAUUUUUCUAAGCCAACAGCAGGAAAACAAGUCUAGUGAAAUUCACAGGCUGAAAAUUUCAGUGCUUAUUCAACGCAAUCUCAUUUUGUUGUCAGACAGCAAAACUGGCUCGCAGACCUCAGAAGAACGAGGAAAGAGAUGAUGAUGAUAAAGAAGAUGAGAAAAUAAGCGUCUUGGAGGGGCCAAAGAGAUUCGAACCGCAUCCAUCCUUGAAGCCCAUGAAAAGCUCGAAGAAUGAAAAGCCAGUUAGGGUGUAUGCAGAUGGAAUCUGGGAUCUCUUUCAUUUUGGUCAUGCGCGAUCAUUGGAACAGGCCAAGAAAUUGUUCCCAAAUACAUAUCUACUUGUUGGUUGCUGCAAUGAUGCAUUGACUCAUAUGUACAAAGGGAAGACUGUCAUGACAGAGACUGAGCGCUAUGAAUCUCUUCGCCAUUGCAGAUGGGUUGAUGAAGUAGUGCCAAAUGCACCAUGGGUGAUCACUCAAGAGUUCAUUGAAAAGUACCAAAUUGAUUAUGUAGCUCAUGACGCCCUUCCCUAUGCAGAUGCAAGUGGGUCUGGCAAGGAUGUCUAUGCAUAUGUGAAAUCCAUUGGAAAGUUUAAAGAAACAAAGCGGACUGAGGGCAUCUCAACAUCGGACAUCAUAAUGAGGAUACUAAAAGGCUACAACCAAUAUGUGAUGCGUAAUCUUGCACGUGGUUAUACAAGGAAAGAUCUUGGAGUUAGUUAUGUUAAGGAAAAACAAUUGAAAGUUAACAUGAGUAUAAGCAAACUACAGCAGAAAGUGAAGGAACAACAGGAGCGUGUGGGACAAACGCUGCAUACCGUUGCACAAACAGCUGAUAUGCAUCAUCGUGAGUGGGUUGAGAAUGCAGAUCGUCUGGUAGCUGGUUUUCUUGAGAAGUUUGAGGAGCGCUGUCACUCAAUGGAAAAUGCUAUCAAAAGCCGAAUUCAAAAAGGUUUGAACAAGGAAGAAGAAGAUUUUGUAAAGUAAACAAGGACAUAAAAAGGAAACAAGGACAUAAAGUAUUGGUUAGAAGAUGUUGUAUCAAGAAGAGGCUUUUUCUUUACUUCGACUUUAUGGCUAUAUUUAAUGUUCUUUACUUCGACUUUAUGGUUAUAUUUAAUGUAUUCUAAUCAAAUAGAGGUGUUUACAUAGAUAUAAUGCUUCUAUUUUAGGACUUAAGGUCUUUAAAAAGUGGCUACUUUUGUGAUCUAUGGUGUUGCUUUGAUCUAUAUAUAUUGAAUUUUUUAUUGAGGCCA